UUCCACGGUUGUACUCAGAACUUCUUUGGCAAAUAUGAAUGUGUCAUAAUCUCUGAAUUGAGCUGCCAAGCAGAAGUGUCGUUUGUUUACCGCGUGUGGGAUUUUGUGAUAUGUUGUGAAAGCCUUUGUUGAUGUUAUUGUGAUUGAAAAUGACUAAAAUGAAACCAAAGAAAGUUACUACAGCAAAUCCCCCAGCAGCGUCUACCCCCCCGCCAAUAGCAAAUCUCAGCACGUUCAAUUUAUGUAAAUUAAUAAAGUUAUUAAACAGAAAAAAACUAUUCGCUGUCAAAUGGCUUCAGAGAAUAGGCAUGCUGAACAGAGAAACAGCGUGUGAUAAUUGCGGAAGGCCGAUGACACUGGUUUACCGACAGAAUUGCACCGGCUCCAGAUCUGACAAGUAUGAGUGGGAGUGCAAUAAAUGUCGAAUGUGUAGUAAGUCCCUAAGAAAUGGCACUGUUUUCCAAUCUAGUAAAUUGUCACUUCAGAAAAUUACGAUUCUGAUGUAUUUUUGGGCACAUGAUUUUCCACCAUGCGUUGCUCAGAGAGAACUUUCGAUUGCUGUACGGACUGUUAAUAAGUGGUAUCUAUUGUGUCAGGAGGCCUGCAUGGAUGCGCUCAUCAGAAAUACUUCUAAGCUUGGAGGAGAAGGACGCAACCUAGAAGUUGUAGAGGGCAAACUUGGGAAGAGGGCAGUAGAUAAUUACAGGACGCCAGCAGAGCACCCUGUCAUUGGCGUUAUUGAUGUUGACAAUGGUAGCUGCUUUUUGCAGGUGGUGAUAGGUAACACAAAGGCUACACUGAUAACUUUGCUGAAAGAGAGAAUUGCAAAUGGGACUACACUUCACUCAAAAAGCUGGAGGCUUCGUGAAUGCUAUAGUGAUGAUAAAUUCUGUAAAGUUGUCAAGAAUCACAAACUUACUCUCAGUAAUGAAGAAGGAAACACCUUUCAAAAACUUCAUGCUAAAGUGUGUAAAUCAGGAGAUAAUGUGGGCACAGAGUUGUCAUUUGAUCCAUUAUUGUGCGCUGCCAUUUACAAGAAUGCCAUGAAAAAUGAAGAAUUUUUCUUUGUGAAAUUUCUCGGAGAACUAGGAACCCUAUAUCGUGAUGGCAUUCGAUAUGAGAUGAUGAGCCAGUUGGAGCAUACUGAUUCGGAUCCUGGCACAUCCAGUCAGCAGAGAGAGGCUGUAAAUGUCUCUGAGAACAUGGAAUGGACAUCAACUGUUGGUUCCCCUUGCUUUAGAUGUCGAUCUAAACAAUACACUAAUUCAGAAGUACAGGCUACCGCCUCAGACGAGAGCACUGUCUGUGAGGAGACUGACGAGGCUCGAAACGUCUCCGUUUCGCAGCAAAAUGUCCGCAGGUCGGGUUGUCUUCCCGAAGGAAAUAGUUCCACAACAGAUGAUAUUAUUAUGUUGGAGGACACCUGUAAGUCAGUAAGUAGCAUUGUGUUAGAUCAGUCUGCUGAUGGGCCAGAGUACAUUUGUCACUUGGGAGACAGUGUUUGUGACUUUCUGGACACAGUGGAACUCGAGACAGUGGCAGAUCACAGUGGCUUGGAGAGAAGUGCAACCACUUCAGGUCUCGUUUCUGAAGGUGUCUGUGCUGAAGAAAAUGUGCUACUCACAUUAGAGGAUCACAACCAGAUGCCGAAUAGUAGUGUGAGAGAGAAGAGUAAGCAAGUUUCAAAGCAGUCUUCCGAAGUGGUGAACUGCACAGCAAACAAUGUGGUCUUACUGGAGGGGGACGGUAACCUACAAAAUGACGUACCAGUGGAAGAAGACGGGUGCAUGUCGGAAAGUCACGAUCUGAUAGAUAUUGGAGGAGAUGAGCCGAAUGAGAUCCGCACAGAUGCAGACGUGGAGGAUGACCGAGAACCAGAAGCGAACACAAAUGUAGAACAUAUUAAUGAAAUAGACAUCAGUACGGAGGAGCAGAAAGAUGUGUGUGAUAAGGUAAAUGAGGGACAAACAGUUGAGACAAGUGUCGACGAAGGACAUGGGUUGCACGAUGAGGAUUCAGAUACUGACACGUACGAGCAAAACGACGCAAACACAGGCACGAAUGUGACUGCCAACAGACAAUCUCGUAUAGUUUUUAAAAUUAGAGCGACGAAAAAGGUAGUUCCUUUAAAAAUGGUUCUGCCUGCCGGAUGGAGCACAGAUGUGGAUUCUGAUGUAAAUGGUGAUGGUGUUGGUGAUGAUGAAGAUAUUGCAAAUGCAGAUGAGAAGAGAGAAGCAGAUUCUGAUCUUGUAAAUAUUGAUGAUGCAGAUGAAAAUUCAAAUGAGUGCACAGGUAAAGGCAGUAAAGCAAAUGCAACUGCAGCCAAGAGGAGAGAAACAGAUUCUGAUCUGGCAAAUAUUGAUGAUGUAGAGGAUAAUUCAGAUGAGUGCGCUGUUGAAGGCAGUAAAACAAAUGCGUCUCCAGACAGAAAGAGGGAUGCAACUUCUGGCCCAGUAAAAAAUGUUAACCCAGAAAUUAAAGCGAGUGAGCGAACAGUAAAAGGCAGUAAAACAAAUGUGACUCCUACUAGGAAAAGAGAAGCAGCCUCUGAUCUGGUAAAUAUUGACACUGUAGAAGAUAAUGCUGAUGGACACACAGUAAAACGCAGUAAAACAAAUGAAACUGCCAGUAGGAGGAAGGAUGCAACACCUGAUCUGGUAAAUAUUGAUGAUGCAGGAGAUAAAGCAAAUGAAAGCACAGUAAAACUCAGUAAAACAAUUGCAGGUAAGAAGAGAGAUUCAGCCUCUGACGUGAUCGAUACUGACGAUACAGAAGGUAAUGCAAAUGAAAGCACAGUAAAACGUAGUAAAAGAGCUGCUGGUAACAAGAGAGAUUCAACCUCCAAUCUGGUGGAUAUAGAUGAUGCAGAAGUUGAUGCAAAUGAAAGCACAGUAAAAUGCGGUAAAACAACUGUGGCUAAGAAGAGAGAUUCAGCUUCUGACCUUGUGGAUAUUGACGAUGUGCAAGAUAAUUCAAAUGAAAGCACAGUAAAAUCCAGUAAAACAGAUGCUGGUAAGAAGAGAGAUUCAGCUUCUGAUUUGGUGGAUAUUGACGAUGCAGAAAGUAAUGUAAAUGAAAGCUCAGUAAACCACAGUAAAACAACUGCUGGUAAGAAGAGAGAUUCAGCUUCUAACCUGGUGGAUAUUGACGAUGCAGAAGGCAGUACAAAUGAAUGCACAGUGAAACGCAGUAAAACGACUGCAAAUGCUGAUAAGAAGAAAGAGAGGGGUUCUGCUGUGGUGAUUAUAGACGGUAAUGAAAAUGAACGAAAAGAAGUUCUCAGUAAAAGGAAUCCAACUGGUAAGAGGAACAAUGAUGUAGCUUCCACUGUGGUAAAUAUUGACGAUGUGGAUGACAGUUUAGAUGAGCAAAAGGAUGUUAUCAGUAAAAGGAAUGCAACUAGUAAGAGGAACAGUGAUAUGGAAUCCAAUGUGGUAAAUAUUGAUGAUGUGGAUGACAGUUCAGAUGAGCAAAAGGACGUUCUCAAUAGAAGGAAUGCAACCGGUAAGAGAAAUAGUGAUGCAGAAUCUGAUGUGGUAAACAUUGAAGAUGUGGACGAUAAUGCUGGCAAGUGCGAAGGAAGUCCCAAGAAUGCGAAUCCAGUGGCCCGGAAGGAGUCUGCUAUAUUUACAGAUGUCAUAGAUGUCGACGAAGGAGACAGCGAUGUUGAAUUAAUCGAAACAGAAGCUCAAUCGGGACCUGAUGUGAUGGUUGUCUGUGAACAAAAAAGGAAGGUUUUCCCCAAAGAAGAGUCACAACGACAUGAACGGAGGCUGCUUGUUGAUGACGUUCCAUGCAGCCUGCCAAAAUCAGUUCUCAGAACAUAUUUUGGAAAAUUCGGAAGGGUAGAGCAAAUAAAAAUACUACCAAUGCCCUCCAGGAGAUCACAGCGAUAUGCUGUAAUGGAAUUCAAUACAAGACAAGCAGUGGAUGCCAUCCAAGCAGCCCGACCACAUGUGGUGGAGUCUGGAGUCGAGUUUGUUACUUACCGUGGCAGUUCAAGAGAUGUUGACACUUCGUUAAACACAAGACUGAAGGACAGGAUCAUAGUGAAAGUACAAAAAGAUAAUGGGAAGUUAACUGCAGAUGACAUAAAGCAGUAUUUUGCAAACUACGGCCAUGUAUAUCACAUAGAACGAGUGAUACUUAGUGGAGUAGAGAGCGCGUGUUCCAUGUACGUAGUCAGCUUCGAGGACUACGACUGUGCCGACGUGGCUUGCUUAAACAGUCCACAUACAAUCAAAGGUGUGGAGAACAUAACCUGUGAAAAGAUAGAAGACGACGAACUCCUCUUGUCGGGGACAGAGAUGGACCCCAUUUGCAUCGAGUACGACAGCGAUGUGGAGGAGGUUCCAGUCGACAACCCCAAGACGGAGCCAUCUUUUACACGGCAGAGUGAGAAGCUGAAAAGCCUGGACGAACCAUCCACGAGUGGCUUACAGUCCAGUGGAGGGAAGAGACUGUCGGGUGAAGGGGCCGAUGUGUCUCGCAAGAAGUUUUGUGGUUACAAUACAUUCGAGAGGAACGUACGCACACCACAGAAUACUACAGUGGCGAAUCCGAUCCCGAGUGUUUCACACAUACCGGGAACACGGACGCCCACAGUUACGAACGGUAGGUACGGAUUUUACGCGCCACAGGGCGGCGGCAGUAACGGCGGCCAAGGUAGCGGCACGAAUUCGUGGCACACGCAGGGAGCGCCGGGCAGGCCGUUCUACAGAAACCCGGUGCAGAGGCCGCUGCAGAGCGCCACCCCGGCCGCGACGGCGGGCUCGCCGCGCUAA